CACCUACAUAUCUCUCCCUCCUUUGUUCUCGUUCUAACCAUCCUCGGUAUCCCGCGCACAGGGGUCAUACAGGUACAGCCUCGCGAAGAAAAAACCAACGUGCGAGAAAGUUUACAACGGGCCAGUCAUCCGUUUGAGGGAGGGAUACGCAGACCCCUGAUAUCAUUUUGAUCUUUGUUUGCCAUGGGUGAAUCCAGGCAAGAGCUGUUGGCAUGGCUGAACAACCUGCUGCAGCUGAACGUUACCAAGGUCGAGCAAUGCGGUACCGGGGCUGCCCUAUGCCAGGUUUUUGAUUCUAUAUACAUGGAUGUGCCCAUGUCAAGGGUCAAGUUCAAUGUCAAUACUGAAUACGCCUACCUCCAGAACUUCAAGAUCCUGCAAAACGUCUUCACACGGCACCAAAUAGACCGCCCCGUCCCUGUUGAAAACCUCAUCAAAUGCCGAAUGCAAGAUAACCUUGAAUUCCUCCAAUGGACCAAGAAACACUGGGACCAAUACUACCCGGGUGGUGAUUAUGACGCCCUAGCCAGACGAAAGGCUGCAGGGGCUCCUGCCUCCAAUUCCACCCGUGGACCAGGCACUACAUCCGCCACAGGCGCACGUCGAGGUGGCACGACCCCUGUGAACUCGGCAGGCGGCCGUCCACGCCUCGCCGGCGGCGCUGGUAGCGCCAACUCAGCCGCGCUAAUGUCGGAGAUAAAUGCGCAAAAGGAAGCCAUUGCGGGUCUGGAGAAAGAGCGCGAUUUCUACUUUGCGAAAUUGCGGGAUAUCGAACUGUUGCUGCAGCAGGCUGUCGAGGCGGACCCUGAAUUGGAUAAAGAUGAUGAUUCACUCGUGAAACAUAUUCAAGCUAUCCUCUAUUCGACUGAGGAGGGUUUCGAAAUUCCUCCCGAAGCUGAAGGGGCUGCGGCAAGCGAAGAAUUAGAGACGUUUUAAACAACGAUAGAGAGAAACAACUGCUUGCUAGAAUUCUUUCCCUUGCCUCUUUUUUGAGAUGUGAUUUUUUUUUUUUCCUUGUUCAACCAGCCUGCCAAGGCAGUCUUCGAGGCAGUCUCCUUUCUCCUGCUUGGGUGACACGCUAUCAUUUUCUAACCCUCCUUCUAAUUAAUCGAGGUUUUUGCCCCUGUGUGUGUCAUUUUUCAAUAAUUCUCCAUAAUUUUUUUUUGCAUCAACCAACUAGCCCUUUGCCUUAUGUAAUACACAUGACUUCGUUUUCUAAAGUUUGACGAAAAUAGUCUCUCAUUUUCAUUCAAAUCUGAUUUUUCCACUUGUACUGCUUGCCGUCAUCAUUUCUCUCUACCCCCAAAAUCUCAUAACAAACAAAUAUACAAAACCAAUGAAAGGAGAGAGAAAGGCGAAGAGAGAGAGAGAGAGUGUGUGUGUGUUUGUGCUGAGGAAAAUUUUGUUACGCCCUUUACAAAUUUUCUUUUCAAUAUACUGAAUCCCAACCUUUACUACUGUAAGAUGGACUCAUACAAAGUACUUGAACUUUAUCAAGAGGUUCUUUUUGACCUUUUUAACCUUUCUACUUU